AUGUCCCCCAUGGCUUAUGUUCUCUUCACCUACCUCGUGCACCUGCGCGGACAAGAACAAUUUAAACUUUUUGAUGUAAUUCGAGCUGCUUGUUUCAGAGGUGAUGUGAAGACGCCCGAGCGUCUGAUUUAUCGACAAUACUUGCUGAUACCCAUCUCGCCGGAACCGCACGAGCCCGAAGGAAGUGCGCGCGUCUGCAUGCUUGAAACGCGUGGUUGA